AUGGUUUGGCCCAAGCAAGCCGCCACCCUGGCCAUGGUCGCCCUCCCAGUCGUCGCCCAUGCCGCAAUCCUCAGGGACAUAUCCGGCCUCGCAGAACACGGCGACCUGGCCGGCAACGGCGCGCCUCUACCGUCAGUCCCGGCCGCGGGCAACCGCAAGCGACAGGCCUCCGGCGGCUUCCUGGACUCGACCCCGGGCUCCAGCACCACCCCCGCGUGCGAAGAGGCAAGCACUUUCAGCCUCAACAACUUUGGCCAGCUCGAGGUCAGCGGCCAGGUCAUUUCGAUGAACCCCGGGACACCAUACAUCGCUCUCCGACCCAUCAGCCCGCAGGGGUCCAUCACAAUCACUUUCAGCCUCAACAACGGUGCCCUGACGUGGACCAACGACGCCUUCUUUGGCGGACAGGCCGGCUUCUGUCAGGAUACCACCGGCCAGGUGUUCGCUACGUUUGUCGACCCGGCCGUGGCGUAUCCCCCCAAUUGCGCGGCCGUCGCACUCGGCCCGAUCGUAGCAUCAACCUGCGGGGCCGGCGGCUCUACAACAGGCGGCACGACCGCAAGCCCCAUCGUAACCUCCCUCGGCAGCACCAUCGUCAGCACCGGCACCGACGGCAGCGUCUUCAGCUCAGUCAGCACCUUCGCAUCGACGAUCUCGGGGCCCAUCACGUCGGCCCCGACGGACGCCCCGGCCGUCCCGACGCCGGUGGUCAACGGCACGCUCACGCUCCGCCCAGGCCUGUACGCCGAGGGCAACUUUGUCAACCCCGCUGGCCAGACGUGCAGCGUCGUCACCGAGUCGUGGAUAUUCGGCGACACGACGCUGCUCCCCCACACGGCCACUACCACAGUCGUCUAG